AUGCAGAAUGGAACUAUUAAUCUAUUAUGGUUUGUUGGAAUUAAAACAAAAAUUGCAGAUCCAUACUUGAAAGGUAUAGUCAUUCCAAUGCAGGACAAUAAUUCUGAAUGUGUGAGUGAAAUAAGCUCUAAAGUUUCAGAACUUAAGGAGGCUCUUUACAGUUUGAAUAGCUUGGAGAUCAAACUAAAGGCUCCUAAGGAGGAAUUGUUGCAAACAUGUAUUGCCAAGUCCUUAACGUGGGCAGAAAAGGAGCCUUCUGUGGAUUGUGAUGAAGCUUUUGUUCCAUCAUUGGCUGAACGAAUAUCCUUUGCAGCACUUCAACCUGUAACAGGAUCAACUCAAUCAGAAUUGCUGGAGUUGCAGAGAGAGAAGUUAAGAGCCAUGGAUGUCAGAGAAACACUAGAAAGGAUAGAUGAUUCUUUACAACUCGUUAGAAAGUCUAUUUCCAUGGUUGUAGCCAAGCUCGCCAUUCAAUCACUGGAGGUUCAGUAAGGUAUGGACCUUUUACUUAUAGCUUCUAGUCUCAUGUUCCGAUGAAAAAAUUGUUAAAUUUUCUUUUAAUUUAUAUGGCUACCUGUAUAUUAGUAGUAUAUAUGUUAAAACUGCAUACUGUCUGGAUUUUCAUCCUGGGAGAUAAUGCUUGGAAUAAUUUUUUUCUAA